GUUCGACAGUCGAGGUCCAGCCUCUCGAUUUAACCCAUCGAUUAUCCUACCCCCUACCACCAAUCAGGAUUAUGAACCUGAUAUUUACGUUCUUAGUAGCCAACCUCAUGGUAGCUGUUAACUGGGGAGACAACGAGACCGAUGACUACGGUGAUACAACUAAAACAACGACUAUAGUGAAUCAGGAUCAGCUUGAGGAUUACGAUCAGUAUGAGAUUAAUGAGUAUGAGGAUGUGACACGUAAAAUCUAUCACUGCGCCGCUAGGGAAAUAGGGAGAAAUGAUUCAAAGCCAGAUCGAAGAGUGAUUCAAAUGCUGGAUGACAAUGGCAUAAGCUCACUCAGACAAAAACCAUCUCACUAUCUGGUGCGCAAUGUACGACAAAAGAUGUGUCAAGCUGGAUUCAGUCCCUUUCACGUGGAUAUAGGAUCUGGAUCGAUACAUAAACGAUUUAAGAAUACGCUCAGGCUCAUGAUAUAUAAUACCCCGGGGAUGUUCCCGGGGAUCAAGGUGAUAAGGAGUGAUCUAGAUAGGAAGAGGAAACGAGAGCCACAGAUUUGGUUCAAGUUUGAGGGAAAUGGGAAUUCAUUGAGUGCUGAGUUUGAUUAUGAUAAUUAUUUUGUUAAUGUUUAUGGGGAUUUUUCGAGGAUACAGGUUAUCUCGAAAUUGCUGGUGGCUUUUAAAAUGCAUAAGAGAAUCAACAGUUUCAAUAGCUCAAUUAGUGAUAAGGUUAACUUAGACUUAGGAAUAAUGGAGGUUAUCCUCGCCAACUUAAUCACAACCCUAAUGAAAGACAAAGCGUCGGUGAACCUGUUGGUCAAAGCCCUGAACGGUAUCCGCACAGACAUAAGCCCGGAGGGCGAUGUCCAACUAGGCUUCGAGCAGACUAUGAAAGACGCAGUGGACCAGAUCGAUCCACUUCUCUAUUCCUCCAUAUGGUUGCAAUCCACAGCGGAGAAAUUCGAAGUAAUUCGCCCGAAAGAGCGAUCCAAAUCAGCAUCGGACGAGCCCCGCCAGAAGAAGAAAUCAUAAUUCAUAGUUCAGAAAAAUCAAAUAAAAUUUCCUCAACUCUUAAAAAAAAAAACAGAUAUAACGAGUUCACUUUUUCCCCCGACUGGCUCGAUGGGAUCCAAAGGACAGAUUGUUACAGAAUUCUCACAGGGACGUCGCGGAGAAAAGGAGACCCAUCCCGUGUAGCCCCGUGGGGCAGAAGGAGUGCUGGACGCGUUAUUUUCAUGCGCCGUUACUCAUGAGUUUACGAGAGUAUCGUUGGCUUGCCUUCUGGUAAUCCCAGUCUACCAACUAUUUGUACUUACGUUUCGUCCUGCUGUAGGAAAAUUGGCCUUAUGUGUACAGAAUGAAAAAGCACGUCGACAAUUUCUCAACGUCAACUGCUGGCCUCUCUCACAACGCCCCGCGGGUCACUAAUCGUUCAAACUUAAGAAUUAAAUUAAUCGAUAAAGGCGUGAACUGUGCAUCGAAUUUGCGUCUUAACAAGUAACAAGAAGCAUCGAUCCUCGAAUCG